AAAUAUAGUUCAGAACAGCUGGUCACCCUACCUUUGCCUGCCUCCCAGCUUAUUGAUCCUGAGUCUGCCCAUGCAUUUUCCAGUGUCCUUUGGGAUGGAGAUUGAUGGACAAGUGGAGAGUGACUCAGACAGUGAAGAUGAAGAGGAGGGGGAGGAUGAGGAGGAAAAAAUAGCAAAGAACAAGUACAAGCAAAGUACAAAGGAAACCACCAUGGCAAAGAAAAUGCAAAAUAAGGUGAGGGAUGCUGAUGAUGAAAGUGAAGAUGAGGAAGAAGAGAUUCCCAGACGGAAGAAACAAAAUAAAAAGAGACAUCCCAAAGCCGAUGAUAGCAAUGGAGAAAGUGAAGCAGAAGCAUCAGCUAAGGAAAAGGGAGGUAGCAAAGACCAAAAGAAUGCUACAAACAAGAAAGCAAAAGGGAAGGAUCAGAAAAAGAAUGCAGGAGAGAGUUCUGCCACAACAGCUUCCACUUCAUCAGAUGAUGACUCUCUAUGUGGAGAAGAACUAGACAAACUAAAGGAACAGGUAGAGGAAAAGAAAAAACUCAUCUCUAUCAUGAGGAACAAACCCUGGCGCAUGGCAAAGAAAUUAGCAGUGCUGAGGGAGGCUCAAGCUUUUGUAGAAAAGUUUGAAGGUGCCUUGGGAAAAGGCAAAGGACGAAAAUUAUAUGCAUAUAAAAUGAUGAUGGCAAAGAAAUGGGUCAAAUUUAAGAGAGAUUUUGACAAUUUUAAGACACAAUGUAUUCCUUGGGAAAUGAAGAUAAAAGAAGUGGAAAGUCAUUUUGGUUCUUCAGUUGCUUCCUAUUUCAUAUUUCUGCGAUGGAUGUAUGGGGUAAACCUCGUCCUAUUUAGUUUAAUAUUUGGAUUAGUUAUCAUUCCAGAGGUCUUAAUGGGCAUGCCCUAUGGAAGUAUACCUAGAAAAAUUGUACCCAGGGCUGAGCAACCAAAGGCAAUGGAUUUCUCUGUUCUCUGGGAUUUUGAGGGCUACAUCAAGUAUUCUGCUCUUUUCUACGGCUAUUACAACAAUCAAAGGACAAUUGGUUGGUUAAAGUACAGGCUGCCAAUGGCCUAUUUCAUGGUUGGUGUCGUCGGUGUAUAUGGAUACAGCAUUAUGGUUGUAAUAAGAUCGAUGGCCAGAAAUGCUCAUGAAGACACAGGAGAUGGGGAUGAUGAGAGCUUCAUUUUUAGCUGGAAAAUGUUCACUAGUUGGGACUAUCUCAUAGGCAACCCAGAGACAGCAGACAACAAGUUUGCAUCCAUCACAACAAGCUUCAAGGAGUCUAUUGUAGAUGAGCAAGAAAGCAACAAAGAUGAGAACGUCCAUCUGAGAAGAUUUCUGAGGGUCCUGGCCAAUGUACUCGUUAUAUGUUGUUUAUGUGGAAGUGGCUACCUCAUCUAUUUUGUUGUCAAACGGUCCCAGAAAUUUUCAAAAAUGCAAAAUAUUGGCUGGUAUGAAAGAAAUGAGGUUGAAAUUGUUAUGUCCUUGCUUGGAAUGUUUUGCCCACCACUGUUCGAAACUAUUGCAGCCUUAGAAGAUUAUCAUCCUCGCAUUGGACUGAAAUGGCAACUAGGACGUAUCUUUGCACUCUUCCUUGGGAAUCUAUAUACAUUCUUAUUGGCCUUAAUGGAUGAUGUCAAGGAAAAGCUGGCUGAAGAAGGAGUGAUCAGGAACAUAACACAGUGGACUGCCCCAAACUACCAUAAUUCAUCUGCAGUGAAUGGAAGUGCUGAUAAUCCACCUCCUGUGAAUCCAGCGGAUAUUCUUCGAGGACCUUGCUGGGAAACCACGGUGGGAAUAGAAUUUGUGAGGCUCACUGUGUCCGAUAUACUUGUGACGUUUGUAACAAUACUGGUGGGAGACUUCCUCCGUGCUUGCUUUGUCAGAUUUGUAAACUACUGCUGGUGCUGGGACCUAGAAGCUGGAUUUCCUUCUUAUGCAGAGUUUGACAUAAGUGGUAAUGUGCUGGGUUUGAUCUUCAACCAAGGAAUGAUCUGGAUGGGAUCCUUUUAUGCACCAGGACUAGUUGGUAUAAAUGUGCUACGUUUAUUAACCUCCAUGUAUUUCCAGAGCUGGGCUGUUAUGAGUAGCAAUGUUCCCCAUGAGCGAGUGUUCAAGGCCUCCAAAUCCAAUAAUUUUUAUAUGGGACUCUUGCUACUGAUCCUGUUUCUAAGCCUCUUGCCAGUUGCCUACACUAUUAUGUCCUUGCCUCCCUCCUUCGACUGUGGACCAUUCAGUGGGAAAAAGAAAAUGUAUGAUGUUAUCCAAGAGACUAUUAGAUAUGAUUUCCCACCACUUGUAGCCAAGAUCUUCAGUUAUGUGGCAAAUCCAGGACUGAUUAUACCUGCAAUUCUGCUUAUGGUUCUUGCUAUAUAUUACCUGAAUGCUGUGGCUGAAGCAUAUCAACAUGCCAAUGCAGAGCUGAAGAAGAAAAUGCAAAUGCAACGUGAAGAGGAGAAAAACAAGAAGAAUAACAAAGCUUCCACUAAUCCUGCAAUUCAGGAUCUAGAAGACUUGCUUGUUCUACAUGCAAAAACCACUGAUGAACCCACACCAACAGAAGAUGUCAAGCCAGAGCCUGCAAACAACAAAAACAGUCCUACAAUAGAGGCAGCAAGUACAACCAGAAAUAAUCCCGAAAACCUCGGAAGACCUCCGCUGGCACCUCCACCUCAUAUGACAGUGACUCAGCCACCUGUUCCAAGAACUGGGUUGACUUCUUCUAAUCAGCAAAGACCGGGGCCGUAUAUAAGGGGACCAACCCCUGGAAUGGGAAGAGAAAGGAUUCAGUAAAAGCUAUCAAAAUUGGAAUGGAUUCAUGAAUACCUAUUUGGAAUGUGAGAAUGCUAAUUACAUGCUAUGCUUUCUAGCCCGCUGUUAACUCAGAUCUGAUUGGUAGGCACAAGAGCCUUUUUGGUGAUGGCCCUACAGUUGUGGAAUUCUCUCCCUGGAGAAAUUUGCCAAGCCCGUCACUUCCCAUUUGCAGAUGGGCUCAGAAAACUUCUGUGUUGAAAGGCAACUAUGAUGGAUUUUGUCACUGGUUCUUAAAUCAGUAUAAAUUAAGCUCCCCCCCUUUUUUUUAAAUGCUGGUGUUUUAACUGGGUUUUCCCUUUAAAUGGAUAAUUGUAGAUGCAUUAAAAGCAAUCUUGGAAAAUGUAUGUUUUCAAAGUGGGAUAAUAAAUGCAUAAAAAAUUCCUUCUUGCAA